AUGCCGGUCUCCGCGCUGAUGAUCGGCGCCGGGGAGUACACCACCGGCUGCGUCGGCACCGCCGCGGGCGCCGCCCCGGACAAGCCCGCGGGCGUCGUCGCGAUCACGUUCGCGGAUCUCCGAAGACGCGGACGCGUCGACGACAUGGUUCUCGUCGACGCGGUCGGCACGCGCAUGCCCACCGUCCGCGACACGAUGCGCGCGAAGAUCGCGGAGGCGUACAAAGACAUGGACGUGCGCAUGACGACGCUCCCGCGCGACGACGUUGCGUUCGACCCGAUGGCGUACAAAGAAGCGAUCGCGCGCAUGAGACGCGGCGACGUGGCGACGAUAUUCACGCCCGACGACACGCACUUCGACAUCGCGCUCGCGUGCAUCGAGGCCGGGCUGCACGUCCUGUGCGCGAAACCGCUCGUGAAGACGCUGGCGAAGCACCGCGAGCUCGCCGCCGCCGCGGAGAAGCACGGCGUGCUGUGCGCGAUCGAGUACCACAAGCGGUUCGACCCCAUCUACGCCGACGCGAGAGAUCGCAUCCGAGCGAAACUCGGCGCGUUCUCCUUCUUCCAGUCCACGAUGACGCAACCGAAAGCGCAGCUGGACACGUUCAAGGCGUGGGCGGGGAAGAGCAGCGACAUAUCGUACUACCUGAACUCGCAUCACAUGGACGUGCACUGCUGGAGCGUCGGCGACGCGUCGAGGCCGGAGAGAGUCGUCGCGUUCGCGGCGACUGGCGCGGCGAACGCGCGCAUCGAAGACACGAUCACGCUGUGCGCGGAGUGGGUCAACGACGACGAGGCGAAGAGCAGAGGGACCGCGACGUACACCGCGUCGUGGAUAGCGCCCAAGGCGGACUGUCACACGCAGCAGUACUUCCACUACAUGGGGCACGAAGGCGAGAUCAGGGCGGACCAAGGCCACCGCGGGUACACGACGUCGACGGACGCCGACGGGUUCUCGCAGCUGAACCCGCUGUACAUGAAAUACACGCCGUCGCCGUCCGGGCAAUUCGCCGGGCAGCAAGGGUACGGGUACAGGAGCAUCGAGGAGUUCGUGAAAGCCGCGGAGGAGAUAAACGCCGGGACCGCGACCGUCAAAGAAGUGUGCGACAGGGACGUGCUCGCGACCGUGGACCGAACCGCGCGAGUCACCGCGAUGUUGGAAGCCGGGCGAGUGAGUCUCGACAACGGCGGCGCGGGGGUGCGGAUCCUGUAUCCGGAGGGCGGCGGCGCGGGCGCGGAGCCCAUUUGGCUCGCGCUCGAGGGCGACGGCGAGCGUGCGUUCGUCGUCGGCGAAGGGGGGGCGGAGCGGAAGCGCGCGCGAGAGGGGGAGUAG